AUGGCUGCACAGAAGUGGUUGAACCCCAAGUGCAAAGGAAGAUUGCCACGUGGUUCAAUGGGCUUGCCAAUCAUUGGAGAGACGAUCCCGUUCUUCUCCCCUCACUCUUUCUACGGCAUCCCUCAUUUCAUUAGCAAGAGAAUGACCAAAUACGGGUCGGUGUUAAAAACUAGCUUGGUUGGGAAUCUGGUGGUUGUAUCUGGAGAUUCAGAGCUUAAUCAGUAUAUCUUUAAAGAAGGGAAGUCAGUCUACUGCUCUUACAAGGAAAGUGCUCUCAAGAUUAUGGGAGAACAAAGCUUAUUAGCGUACCAUGGGGUCUUUCACAAGUACCUUAAAAACUUGACAUUGUCCAUGAUUGGCCCGGAAAGCCUCAAGGAAGUAUUACUGCAUGAAACGGACGCUAUAACUCGCAAAUAUCUACAUUCAUGUAGUAACUACGCCAGUUUUGAUGUGAAAGAAGAAUCUGCAAACAUGGUGUUCGAGUAUUUUGCUAAGAAAUUGUUUGGCUGCGAGGAAGCUAAGGCAUAUAGAAGAAACUUAAGAGAGAGCUACAAAGCUUUUCUUGAUGGCAUUAUAUCAUUUCCCCUAAACAUUCCAGGAACUGCAUUCCACGCAUGUUUAAAGAAAGAGCAUGAACGAAUUCUGAAAAAUCGAGGAAAUGAGGAAUUGGGAAUCACAUGGACAGAAUACAAAUCCAUGACUUCUACACAUAUGGUUAUAAAUGAAACCCUUAGGUUGGGAAACAUUGUCUCAGGAAUUUUUAAACAAGUAACGAAAGAUAUCGAGAUGAAGGGAACCAGGAACUUUGUAACUGCAGCAACUCACUGUGGGAAAGGAUUAUCGAUGGUGUUGGCGUCCUUGUCGGCCUCCGGGUCGAUUCCGGUGUGA